UGGAGUCAACUAUAAAAAUAUUGCACGUCUCACCAACACGCCCAAAGGUUUGCUUGGGACGUGAUUACCAAAUCCUGCAAUGUCAGAUAGCUGAAAAUUAUUGCUAUUUUAAUUGGACCAUUUAAAGAGCUAAAGGUUCUGCUUGUGAAAGCUUUUACCUUUGGAUGAGUGUUGAACAUGGCUUCUGGAGGCGACAAUUUUCUUGAAUCUCUCUCGUCGUCUGUCCAGCGCAUGCAUCUGAUACAAAUAGAUUCUGUGCAGCGUUGGAUGGGGGACUUGAGAUUGAUGGCAGAGUGUGAGUGCAUGUAUGUACUUCAAUCAAAGCCCAUCAGUGUCGAUGGUGAAGGACAGAACGAGCUUGUCAUAACAUCUCAGCAAGAUUUGCCUGACAGCUUGCAGACACUGCUAAAAAGAGCAUGGGCAAUCACCACAGAACUGUCCAAGAUUUUCUACAAGCUGGAAAUAAACAGAUGGCAACACAUCCACAGUACUGCGGUGAGGGUGCACUGCCAUAUCAGAUCACUGAUAAACGAAAGCAGUGGUUACACUCACAGCGCUUCAGGAGAGAUACAACAGUUUGGGAGGAUUUUAAUAAAGAAAUGCACAGACCUGACUACAAUAACUGAGAGUUUAGCCUAUGAUGAAGAUGAAACAACAUUAGCAUCUAUGAAAGCUGAGAUUGUUAAAACCCUGACAUCAUUUAGUCAGUCUUUCAGUCAGAUGGUGGAACUAAUUCUAACCCAUGAAAUAAAGAGCCUGGUGAAUCAGUUAGAUACGGCAACCAACCUCUACAGCAUCGAAGCACCAAUCAGUAGCCUCAUUGAACUUACACAGGAAGGUGCGCACAUAUGCCAAAUCAUAGCCAAGGAAGGUGGGGUGGCAGUACUUUUCAAACUAUGCAGACAAGAGGCUCCUUGCUAUUUGCAUGUCCUUGCUCUUAGAGCAUUGGCGUCAAUAUGUGUUGUGGAAGAAGGCAUCAAUGAACUGGAAAAGGUGGAUGGUGUGUUGUGCUUGGCUGAUCUUUUGACUAAUGAAUCAAAUCCUGAAGCUACGCGUGCUGAAGCUGCUGCUGUGGUAUCACAGAUUACAUCUCCCCACCUCCCCUUCACACAGCGCCUCGGCAGCUUCUUGGAAAACAUGGAGGAUAUAGUAACGGCACUUAUCAACUUAUGUAAAGACACCUCAUCAAGUGAAGUGUUCCUACUAGCAUCUGCUGCUCUUGCCAACAUCACAUUUUUUGAUUCAAUGGCCUGUGAGAUUUUGUUACAGUUGAACGCAACAAAAAUUCUUAUACAAGCCUGCCGUGACCCUCAGCGAGUUGACAGUCCUUACUCCAAAGAUCAGGUGGUGACAAUACUGGCAAAUAUGGCUGUAUUAGACCAGUGUGUUUCUGAGAUGAUACAGGAAAAUGGUGUGGAACUAUUGCUGGAAUUUCUCCAUGAACGUCCACCACUUGGGAUUUCAACAGAAGGUGCUGCAUUGGAAAGAAUAUUGCAAAAAUCUGCAGUUACGCUAGCCCGCUUAAGCAGAGAGCCAAUCGUAACUGACAUUGCAACAAGUCUGAACUGUAUUCCUCGUUUGAUUGAACUAUGCCGAUACCCCUCUGAAAGGAAUAAUAGUGAUUCAGUAUUAAUGGCUUGCUUGGCUGUAUUGCGAAAACUGGCAGCUUCAAGUCCUCAGUGCUUUGAGGACUCAGACUACCAGCAGUUAAUAAAACCGAGACUUGUGGAUUCCUUCUUACUCUGCUCAAAUAUGGAAGAAAGUUUUGUCUGAGGAUUUGGAAAAAGUCUGCAAACAUUUGAUACUCUGGGAUGAAUGGUCAAGGAACACAUUGGGUAUUAACAGCUUUAUUCACAAACAAAUAAAACAAAAAUAUUGACAAAGAACCAGAAAUCUAUGGGUAUUGUAAUACUUAAUCAUGUUCUUCAAAGAGGCAAUUUGUUGUGGAUCUUCAUCCAACAGCUAAGAACUACAAAAUAUUGCCUAUUUUCCACUGAAACAUCAACAACACUUGCCUUUUUCAAGAUUUUAACAAGUAUUUAUUUAUAUCAUUUAAUUAGCUGGGAACUAGAAGUAAUAAAGAAUAGAUUGAUUUUGAGUUUGUAACUUGGAGGGAACUUCUCAGACCUGAAUUUGGUGCAGCCAGAUAAAUUCAAGAGGAAGUUUUUGAUGUCAGCUUUUCUGUAUGUAAAAGGAAUUGUUCUACCUAGUGAACAAUAAGUUUCAGGAACAAAUAUUGGCGGUAACUUUUAAUGUACUUUAUAUUGUAACAGAAACAGACUUGGAUGAGGGUUCUGUUCCAUAAGUUAGACACUGAGGAUGUGUGAUUAAAAACUACCCUAUAGACACGUCCUUUUUUAAGCAAGUUGCCACAUUAAGCAUCCUUGGAGAAAUUAUUGUAGUGAAAAUCCUUGUGCCAGUAUGUAUUAAAUGAGAAAGAUUGGUGACAAUGUUUAACCCAAUUUGGAAAUGAUAACAACUAAAAGUAGUUCCAGCAUACUCUCAAAAAAAUAAAGCAGAAAUGACAUGGCCAGCUUCUCAAGUACACCUGGGCAACAAAAAAAACUGUUUUUAUAACUACCAGUUUUAGUGAGUUGUCACAGGUGGGUUGUAUGAUAAAAUAAACCACCGUAGACAAAAGGUUACCAUUCUGCUUAUUCCCUAACUUUAAAUAGUUGCCAGUAAAGAGAAUUUUAAGUUUCUGUUAAUUUAAUUAUAGAUUAAACCAGCUUGCAAGUCAAUCAAGUUGUGCCUAAUGAAGCCCCUAGGUGAUGUGGCAUGCUAAUUAAAAGGAACUUCCUUUCCUGAUUGCCAGUACCUCUUAGGUAGAUCCUUUGGAUUGACGGUGACUUGCUUCUACACUAUUUCUAUGUGUUCUGAAGUAGAUGAAGAGUGAGUACAGUGCGGCAUCCUUUGCCAUUGGUUUAGCUAGGGGUGCUUGACAGGCCAGAUGUCUGGGUACCUUGGGAAGAAUAUGCUCCUUCCACCAUUAACCCUACGCCAAACUACAUCCUGAUCAGCCCUUCUCCAAUUUAAGUAGUCAUGGGCCAGGAUUUCGAUCAGCUAGAGAAGAAUUUACUUUUUGUUACAGAAGCUUCAGAAGUACCCCUGAAUUGUGUUUGGUAAUAUCUUGCUAUAAUGGAGCUUGGAUCCCUUUUCAGCUUCAAACUAGAGAAUGACAUAGUCGUUCCAAUGGAAUAGACAGAGUGGGGAUCUUGACUUGCAAGAGGAAUCUGACAUUAUUUAUUUAUUUUUCUAAUUUAUAUAUUUUUAUGUUUUUGCAAUGUGCUGCUACUGCAAAACAAAAAGAUCAUGUUUCAUGUCAGUGUUAUAAAUCUGAUUCUAAAACUCCAGAACAUGUAAACUUUUAAAAUUUCUCCUGUAUGACAAACCCACCAUCCCAGAAAUAUAUUCUGUGAACAUUCACUGCAUUCCCUUUAAGGCGUAUACCUAUUAUUUCCAAAUACAGUCUCAUCAAUAAGACAUCUUUAUUCUUGCAUUGUUCUCUCUGCUUGCUAGACCUACAUAUUAACUGUCGAUGACUUGCGUUCAAGGAUACCUCAACCUCUCUAAACACUAAUAGCUUUUCACCCUCAUGAUCUUGUUUUUCAUAUGGAGUCAUACAGUAUACUCCCAUCGACGUGCACCGGAACCAUAGCCCUCCAUACCCCUACCAUUCAUGCACCUAUCCAAAUUUCGCUUAAAAGUUGAGAUUGAGCUUGCAUGCACCACUUGUGCAGUCAGCUUGUUUCACACUCUCAUGACCCUCUGAGUGAAGAUGUUUCACCUCAUGUUCCCCUUAAACUUUUCAUUUUUCACCCUUAAUCCAUGACCCUUAAUCUGGUUGUAGUCCCACCCUACUUCAGUGGAAAAUGCCUGCUUUCAGUUACCCUAUUCAUAACUGUCUUAAUUUUGAAAACCCCUAUCAAAUCUCCUAUGUUCUAAGGAAUGAAGUCCUAACCUAUUCAAUAAUACAUUAAAUUCCAACUGCUAAUUUCAUUGUUCAUUUAGUAACCCCUAAUACAUCCUUAUCCCUCUAAAAUUCUCUGUAUCCUCCUUACAUUGUGACCUAGCUUAGUAGCAUCUGCAAAAUUGGAUAUAUUACACAUUAUCCUUUAUCAUUGUAUUACUCCAGUCUAGAUUGUAAAUAGCUAUGGUCUGUGGCAUCCCACUAAAGCAAAAAUGAUUUGUUUGUUCCAACUUUUGUUUAUUAUUUGUUAACUAAUCCUCAUCCUGCUUUAGAAUGUUCUGCUUGUGUAUAAUUAACUGUUAUGUAAGAUCUUACUGAAAGCCUUUUGAAAGUCCAAUUAUUACAUCAGCUGUUUUGCACUAAUCUAAUGCAGCAAUAAAAAAGACUUUAAAAUGUUU